AGCAGCACUGCCCAUUUGGAGCAAAUAGUGGAGGAGAGUCCAGAAAAAAAUUUCCAGUUAGGGCAUGCAUCAUGUUUCAGACAGCAUUGCUGCUUAUCUUCUGCAGUUUUCUGCAAGGUACAGCUUUUGAAGGAAAUUAUUGGCCCCACUUCUUUCUCCAAAGACAGAAAGAAUCUCUGCAAAGAAUUUUGGGCAAGGAUUCCUGUUCUACCUGGGGUGGAGGGCAUUUCUCAACCUUUGAUAAAUACCAGUAUGACUUCACUGGGACCUGCAACUAUAUCUUUGCUACCAUAUGCGAUGAAACCAGCCCAGACUUCAACAUUCAGUUACGCCGUGGGCUGAACAAAAAAAUUGCAAGGAUCAUUAUUGAGCUGGGACCUUCUGUCAUCACUGUUGAGAAAGGCAGCAUUUUUGUCAGAAGUGUUGGUGUCAUUAAGUUGCCUUAUACCAGCAAUGGAAUUCAAAUAGCACCUUACGGACGCAACAUCCGCCUGGUGGCCAAGAUGAUGGAGAUGGAGCUAGUUGUCAUGUGGAACAAUGAUGACUAUCUCAUGGUUUUGACUGAGAAAAAAUACAUGGGGAAAACCUGUGGAAUGUGUGGAAAUUAUGAUGGCCAAGAACUGAAUGACUUUGUGAAUGAAGGUAAAUUGCUGGAUACAUACAAGUUUGCUGCAUUACAAAAAAUGGAUGAUCCAUCAGAGAUCUGCCUGUCUGAGGAGAUAUCAAUUUCUGCCAUUCGUCACAAACAAUAUGCCAUGAUCUGCUCCCAGCUACUCAACCUGGUGUCACCAGCCUGCAGUGUGCCAAAGGAAGGGUUUAUCAUUCGUUGUCAGCUUGAUAUGCAGGACUGCAGUGAGCCAGGACAAAACAAUUGUACUUGCUCUACGCUGUCAGAGUAUUCAAGGCAAUGUGCUAUGUCCCAUCAAAUGGUGUUCAACUGGAGGAAUGAAAACUUCUGCUCUGUGGGAAAAUGUUCUGCUAACCAAAUCUAUGAGGAAUGUGGUUCUCCAUGUAUUAAAACCUGUUCCAACCCAGAGUACAGCUGUUCCAGUCACUGUACCUAUGGUUGCUUUUGUCCAGAAGGGACUGUUCUUGAUGACAUCUCAGAGAAUCGAACAUGUGUUCACAUUAAGCAGUGCCCAUGUUCACUAAAUGGGAAAAAAUAUGCUCCUGGUGAGACAAUGAAAGCAGCAUGUAGAAGCUGUAAAUGUACAAUGGGUCAGUGGAACUGCAUAGACUUGCCUUGCCCUGGAAGGUGUUCCCUGGAAGGAGGCUCCUUUGUUACCACGUUUGAUUCUAGGUCCUACAGGUUCCAUGGAGUUUGCACUUAUGUUCUCAUGAAGAGUUCCAGCCUGCCGCACAAUGGAACCCUAAUGGCUGUAUAUGGGAAGUCUGGUUACUCUCAUUCUGAGACAUCACUUAGUGCUGUAAUUUACCUGUCUACAAAGGACAAAAUUGUGAUUUCUCAAAAUGAACUCCUUACUGAUGAUGAUGAACUUAAGCGGCUACCUUACAGAUCAGGUGACAUCACUAUUUUCAGACAGUCCUCAAUCUACAUUCAAAUGUAUACAACCUUUGGGCUGGAACUUGUAGUUCAAACAUCACCUGUGUUCCAGGCCUAUGUGAAAGUUGGACCACAAUUCAAAGGCAGAACCCUAGGUUUGUGUGGCAAUUACAAUGGAGACACUACAGAUGACUUCAUGACUAGCAUGGAUAUCACUGAAGGGACAGCUUCCCUGUUUGUCGAUUCCUGGAGGGCGGGAAAUUGCCAGCCUGCUGUAGAGAGAGAUACUGAUCCUUGCGCUAUGAGUCAACUGAACAAAAUAUCUGCUGAGACUCAUUGCUCCGUUCUUACUAAGAAGGGUACAGUGUUCGAAAAAUGCCAUGCUGUGGUGAACCCUAUUCCUUUCUACAAGAGAUGCGUCUACCAGGCCUGUAAUUAUGAAGAGACCUUUCCCUAUAUUUGUUCUGCUCUGGGAUCAUAUGCACGAACAUGUAGUUCAAUGGGUUUAAUCCUUGAAAACUGGAGAAACAGUAUGGACAAUUGCACCAUUCCUUGUACUGGCAAUCAAACAUUCAGCUACAAUGCUCAGGCAUGUGACAGGACAUGCCUGUCACUCUCCAACCGAGCCCUGGAAUGUCAUCCAACUGACAUCCCUAUUGAAGGCUGCAAUUGUCCUAAAGGAACGUACUUGAACCACAAAAAUGAAUGCGUUCGUAAAUCUCAUUGUCCCUGCUAUUUAGAAGAUAGAAAAUACAUUUUACCUGACCAGUCAACAAUAACUGGUGGGAUUACCUGCUACUGUGUUAAUGGGAGGCUAAGUUGCACUGGCAAACCUCAAAAUCCUGCAGAAAGCUGCAAAGCUCCUAAAAAAUAUGUAUCAUGUUCUGACAGUUUAGAAAAUAAGUAUGGAGCUACAUGUGCCCCUACCUGUCAGAUGUUAGCCACUGGAAUUGAAUGUGUACCUACUAAGUGUGAAUCAGGCUGUGUCUGUACUAAUGGGCUGUAUGAGAAUCUUGAUGGCAUGUGUGUACCAGCUGAGGAGUGUCCCUGUGAAUAUGGUGGUCUUGCUUAUGGAAGAAAUGAGCAGAUCCAAACUGAAUGUGAGAUCUGCACUUGCAUAAGAGGCAAAUGGAAAUGUGUUCAGAAAUCUAGGUGUUCCUCAACAUGUAAUCUCUAUGGAGAAGGUCACAUUACCACUUUUGAUGGACAGCGCUUUGUGUUUGACGGCAACUGUGAAUACAUACUAGCUAUGGAUGGCUGCAGUGUUAAUAGACCUCUUUCCUCCUUUAAAAUUGUUACUGAGAACGUCAUCUGUGGGAAAUCGGGGGUUACCUGCUCCAGAUCCAUCAGCAUUUACCUUGGGAACUUGACAUUCAUACUGCGAGAUGAAACCUUCUCUGUUUCUGGGGAAAAUCCUCUAGUGCGAUAUAAAGUGAAAAAAAAUGCCCUUCACCUGAUGUUCGAUAUCGUUAUCCCAGGAAAAUACAACAUGACCCUUAUCUGGAACAAGCACAUGAACUUCUUCAUCAAAAUCUCCAGAGAAACACAGGAGACUAUCUGUGGUUUGUGUGGGAACUACAAUGGCAAUAUGAGAGAUGAUUUUGAAACCCGAAGCAAGUAUGUGGCAUCAAAUGAAUUGGAGUUUGUCAAUUCUUGGAAAGAAAAUCCUCUCUGUGGGGAUGUAUACUUUGUAGUGGACCCCUGUAGCAAGAACCCUUACCGUAAAGCCUGGGCAGAAAAGACAUGUUCCAUCAUCAACAGCCAAGUUUUUUCUGCCUGUCACAAUAAGGUGAACCGUAUGCCCUAUUAUGAGGCCUGUGUCCGAGACUCCUGUGGUUGUGACCUUGGAGGGGAUUGUGAGUGCAUGUGUGAUGCCAUUGCAGUGUAUGCCAUGGCAUGCUUAGAUAAAGGUCUCUGCAUUGACUGGAGGACCCCUGAGUUCUGUCCUGUCUAUUGUGACUAUUACAAUUCUCAUAAAAAAUCAGGAAGUGAGGAUGCUUAUUCUUAUGACUACAGCAGUGACAACUGCACCUGGCGCUACAGACCAUGUAACUGUCCAAAUCAAAACUACAAAUAUGUCAACAUUGAAGGCUGUUACAACUGUUCUCAUGAUGAAUACUUUGACUAUGAGAAGGGACAAUGCAUGCCAUGUGGAGAGGAACACACUAGUACUACACCUGAGACAUCUUCACCUUCAACAGUAAAAACAGUGCAGCCUAAAGUAACGAGAGGCUCUACUUCAGUCACAGUACCGAUGACUACCCUGCCAACAGCACUGACUACUGCUUCUGCAGCUACUAUAUCAACAGAGACCACUAAGCCAACAAUAACUUCAAAAAUCACAAUUCCAAGAACUUCAUCAGCAUCACCUCUUGCUACAAUAAAGUCAACAACUGAACAUACAACAUCAGUUUUUAUCACACCAACCAUGACCACAACAAUUUCUACACCUUCCAUAACUACCUCAACAAAAAGAGCCAUGACCAUGAAACCGAAGCCUACGCCUACUGCCUCAUCAACCACUCUAUCAACAGAGACAGAAAAAGUAAGGUUUACCACACCGCCCAUCAAGACCACUAUCAAAAGGAAAAUGACAACCACAUCAACACCUGCUCAUGCUACAUCUCAGAUUGCAACUUUCACCAAGCCUAAACUAACAACACUAGCCAUCACCCACAAAAAGCCAACCGUGCCGCCUGUGACCACGCGGAGAACCACGCCGGCCACGUCUGCCAGCAGCACCUCCAAGACCUCUGUGUCCAGAGAGACCAGCCCCACCAGCAGCCCCAAAGUGCCGCUGACAAGGACAACGUGGAUCCCCAGCUCUCCUCCCACCACCUCGGCCUCCAGCACGCCACUCAGCACCCGCCUGCCAUUUGCCCCCCCGUCCACAGUCUCAACCGAGUCUCCCACGACGACCAGGCCAAAGCCCACGCCUACAACGCUAACGUCCAGAGCCUCUUCCGCCACGACCAGGGUUUCAACAGAGACACUCCCAGCUGAGUCCUCGGCACCCUCCACGGCCAAAACGAGCCCCCUCCCGUCGUCUGCUGCUUCCCCUUCCUCCACUGUGUUCUCCACGCCACUGAGCCCAUCGCAUGCCGCCAUCACCCACAAAAAGCCAACCGUGCCGCCUGUGACCACGCGGAGAACCACGCCGGCCACGUCUGCCAGCAGCACCUCCAAGACCUCUGUGUCCAGAGAGACCAGCCCCACCAGCAGCCCCAAAGUGCCGCUGACAAGGACAACGCGGAUCCCCAGCUCUCCUCCCACCACCUCGGCCUCCAGCACGCCACUCAGCACCCGCCUGCCAUUUGCCCCCCCGUCCACAGUCUCAACCGAGUCUCCCACGACGACCAGGCCAAAGCCCACGCCUACAACGCUAACGUCCAGAGCCUCUUCCGCCACGACCAGGGUUUCAACAGAGACACUCCCAGCUGAGUCCUCGGCACCCUCCACGGCCAAAACGAGCCCCCUCCCGUCGUCUGCUGCUUCCCCUUCCUCCACUGUGUCCUCCACACCACCGAGCCCAUCGCUUCCCACCGUCACCCACAAAAAGCCAACCGUGCCGCCUGUGACCACGCGGAGAACCACGCCGGCCACGUCUGCCAGCAGCACCUCCAAGACCUCUGUGUCCAGAGAGACCAGCCCCACCAGCAGCCCCAAAGUGCCGCUGACAAGGACAACGCGGAUCCCCAGCUCUCCUCCCACCACCUCGGCCUCCAGCACGCCGCUCAGCACCCGCCUGCCAUUUGCCCCCCCGUCCACAGUCUCAACCGAGUCUCCCACGACGACCAGGCCAAAGCCCACGCCUACAACGCUAACGUCCAGAGCCUCUUCCGCCACGACCAGGGUUUCAACAGAGACACUCCCAGCUGAGUCCUCGGCACCCUCCACGGCCAAAACGAGCCCCCUCCCGUCGUCUGCUGCUUCCCCUUCCUCCACUGUGUCCUCCACACCACCGAGCCCAUCGCUUCCCACCGUCACCCACAAAAAGCCAACCGUGCCGCCUGUGACCACGCGGAGAACCACGCCGGCCACGUCUGCCAGCAGCACCUCCAAGACCUCUGUGUCCAGAGAGACCAGCCCCACCAGCAGCCCCAAAGUGCCGCUGACAAGGACAACGCGGAUCCCCAGCUCUCCUCCCACCACCUCGGCCUCCAGCACGCCGCUCAGCACCCGCCUGCCAUUUGCCCCCCCGUCCACAGUCUCAACCGAGUCUCCCACGACGACCAGGCCAAAGCCCACGCCUACAACGCUAACGUCCAGAGCCUCUUCCGCCACGACCAGGGUUUCAACAGAGACACUCCCAGCUGAGUCCUCGGCACCCUCCACGGCCAAAACGAGCCCCCUCCCGUCGUCUGCUGCUUCCCCUUCCUCCACUGUGUCCUCCACACCACCGAGCCCAUCGCUUCCCACCGUCACCCACAAAAAGCCAACCGUGCCGCCUGUGACCACGCGGAGAACCACGCCGGCCACGUCUGCCAGCAGCACCUCCAAGACCUCUGUGUCCAGAGAGACCAGCCCCAAAGUGCCGCUGACAAGGACAACGCGGAUCCCCAGCUCUCCUCCCACCACCUCGGCCUCCAGCACGCCGCUCAGCACCCGCCUGCCAUUUGCCCCCCCGUCCACAGUCUCAACCGAGUCUCCCACGACGACCAGGCCAAAGCCCACGCCUACAACGCUAACGUCCAGAGCCUCUUCCGCCACGACCAGGGUUUCAACAGAGACACUCCCAGCUGAGUCCUCGGCACCCUCCACGGCCAAAACGAGCCCCCUCCCGUCGUCUGCUGCUUCCCCUUCCUCCACUGUGUCCUCCACACCACCGAGCCCAUCGCUUCCCACUGUCACCCACAAAAAGCCAACCGUGCCGCCUGUGACCACGCGGAGAACCACGCCGGCCACGUCUGCCAGCAGCACCUCCAAGACCUCUGUGUCCAGAGAGACCAGCCCCAAAGUGCCGCUGACAAGGACAACGCGGAUCCCCAGCUCUCCUCCCACCACCUCGGCCUCCAGCACGCCGCUCAGCACCCGCCUGCCAUUUGCCCCCCCGUCCACAGUCUCAACCGAGUCUCCCACGACGACCAGGCCAAAGCCCACGCCUACAACGCUAACGUCCAGAGCCUCUUCCGCCACGACCAGGGUUUCAACAGAGACACUCCCAGCUGAGUCCUCGGCACCCUCCACGGCCAAAACGAGCCCCCUCCCGUCGUCUGCUGCUUCCCCUUCCUCCACUGUGUCCUCCACACCACCGAGCCCAUCGCUUCCCACCGUCACCCACAAAAAGCCAACCGUGCCGCCUGUGACCACGCGGAGAACCACGCCGGCCACGUCUGCCAGCAGCACCUCCAAGACCUCUGUGUCCAGAGAGACCAGCCCCAAAGUGCCGCUGACAAGGACAACGCGGAUCCCCAGCUCUCCUCCCACCACCUCGGCCUCCAGCACGCCGCUCAGCACCCGCCUGCCAUUUGCCCCCCCGUCCACAGUCUCAACCGAGUCUCCCACGACGACCAGGCCAAAGCCCACGCCUACAACGCUAACGUCCAGAGCCUCUUCCGCCACGACCAGGGUUUCAACAGAGACACUCCCAGCUGAGUCCUCGGCACCCUCCACGGCCAAAACGAGCCCCCUCCCGUCGUCUGCUUCUUCCCCUUCCUCCACUGUGUCCUCCACACCACCGAGCCCAUCGCUUCCCACCGUCACCCACAAAAAGCCAACCGUGCCGCCUGUGACCACGCGGAGAACCACGCCGGCCACGUCUGCCAGCAGCACCUCCAAGACCUCUGUGUCCAGAGAGACCAGCCCCAAAGUGCCGCUGACAAGGACAACGCGGAUCCCCAGCUCUCCUCCCACCACCUCAGCCUCCAGCACGCCGCUCAGCACCCGCCUGCCAUUUGCCCCCCCGUCCACAGUCUCAACCGAGUCUCCCACGACGACCAGGCCAAAGCCCACGCCUACAACGCUAACGUCCAGAGCCUCUUCCGCCACGACCAGGGUUUCAACAGAGACACUCCCAGCUGAGUCCUCGGCACCCUCCACGGCCAAAACGAGCCCCCUCCCGUCGUCUGCUGCUUCCCCUUCCUCCACUGUGUCCUCCACACCACCGAGCCCAUCGCUUCCCACCGUCACCCACAAAAAGCCAACCGUGCCGCCUGUGACCACGCGGAGAACCACGCCGGCCACGUCUGCCAGCAGCACCUCCAAGACCUCUGUGUCCAGAGAGACCAGCCCCAAAGUGCCGCUGACAAGGACAACGCAGAUCCCCAGCUCUCCUCCCACCACCUCGGCCUCCAGCACGCCGCUCAGCACCCGCCUGCCAUUUGCCCCCCCGUCCACAGUCUCAACCGAGUCUCCCACGACGACCAGGCCAAAGCCCACGCCUACAACGCUAACGUCCAGAGCCUCUUCCGCCACGACCAGGGUUUCAACAGAGACACUCCCAGCUGAGUCCUCGGCACCCUCCACGGCCAAAACGAGCCCCCUCCCGUCGUCUGCUGCUUCCCCUUCCUCCACUGUGUCCUCCACACCACCGAGCCCAUCGCUUCCCACCGUCACCCACAAAAAGCCAACCGUGCCGCCUGUGACCACGCGGAGAACCACGCCGGCCACGUCUGCCAGCAGCACCUCCAAGACCUCUGUGUCCAGAGAGACCAGCCCCACCAGCAGCCCCAAAGUGCCGCUGACAAGGACAACGCGGAUCCCCAGCUCUCCUCCCACCACCUCGGCCUCCAGCACGCCGCUCAGCACCCGCCUGCCAUUUGCCCCCCCGUCCACAGUCUCAACCGAGUCUCCCACGACGACCAGGCCAAAGCCCACGCCUACAACGCUAACGUCCAGAGCCUCUUCCGCCACGACCAGGGUUUCAACAGAGACACUCCCAGCUGAGUCCUCGGCACCCUCCACGGCCAAAACGAGCCCCCUCCCGUCGUCUGCUGCUUCCCCUUCCUCCACUGUGUCCUCCACACCACCGAGCCCAUCGCUUCCCACCGUCACCCACAAAAAGCCAACCGUGCCGCCUGUGACCACGCGGAGAACCACGCCGGCCACGUCUGCCAGCAGCACCUCCAAGACCUCUGUGUCCAGAGAGACCAGCCCCAAAGUGCCGCUGACAAGGACAACACGGAUCCCCAGCUCUCCUCCCACCACCUCGGCCUCCAGCACGCCGCUCAGCACCCGCCUGCCAUUUGCCCCCCCGUCCACAGUCUCAACUGAGUCUCCCACGACGACUACACCCAAGCCUGCAUCUGCAACCCUUUCUCCUUCAACCUUUAGGUCUACAAGGAGUACCACAUUUCUUUCUUUCUCCGCAAACACUACCAGUGCCUCUACUUCACGUGGCCCAACUUCAUCUAUAAGAAUUCUUACCAGUAUCUCUGGCAAGUCAACUCCAGUUAUGAUACCAAGUGUCUUAUCUACCAGAGUUACUUUUGCUCCCAUUGUCAUUACUAGUGCUUCUACAGAAAUCCCAUCAGUUCGAAGGACUUCAUUGCAAACAACGACACCAACCACCACCCGCGUCACAUCAUCUCCUUUUUUCACUUCCAAACUCACAACAUCCUUGGCUUCUGCUAGAUCAGUAACAGUGCCACAAGAGAUUUGUAGAGAGGUUGAAUACGAAGACACAAUAACUUACAAAGGCUGUUCUGUAAACGUCACUUUGGUCCGAUGUGAAGGAUCAUGUCCAUCUUCAGCAAAGUUGAAUGUUGAAAACAUGAUGGUCAACACAAUAUGUGGCUGCUGUAUGCCACUUGCACUUCAAAAGAAGGAACUCCAGCUACCAUGCCAAGAUCCAGAUAACCCUGGAAAAAGGCUUAUUACAGAAAUAAUCAUAUUUAGUGGCUGUGUUUGUGACUUUGACAGCUGCAUACGCUAG